UUUAUGUUAGAAGUAUUAGAUCUAAUGAGAAAAUAACUAAAGCUGUCAUGUAAAUACGGAAGGGAAAUCCUAAUUGUUUGUCAUCCCCAGUGCUUGUUCCUAGCGUUACUUUGAUACAUUUGCCCAGUAGUAGUGGUAGUAUUAUAUCUAUCAUGAACAGUUACAUACUAUACAGUACUUAUAUUAGCACGAAAAUCCAUGCUUUAGCACUCCUAUUGACGUUUCUGAUAUGUACUGGUUACUGGUUAGCACACAUGAAUUUUCGUUCUAUACUUUUAUGUGAGUUCUGCCAAAAUGUAUGUUGCUAAAAUAGGUACUGGGAUGUAUUCUACUGAUAAAUGUGAACAAAAUGAUGGUAAAACUUUGAUUUAACCCAUUCAAAAGGGACACCAAAAUGAUCAUUUGAAUUUCGAAAUGAAAAAUUAAGAGUUGGUGAGGACUUAAAAAGUAUAAAUUUUAUAGAUCUUCAAUAGAUCUUCAGUUUGGAACUGGCUUUUUGCAUGACCAUGUAUUUGGCAAGUGUAACAUGAAAUCAUUCUUACUCCAUCCUCUCAUCUUUCUUCUGCAUUACUCUUUAUUUCUAGGUUGAAUUAUUUUAUUUAAAUAAAUGAUGUAUAACUACUGAACAAACUCCUUUUAUCUUGUUCAUCAUGCAAACGUGUACCCAUUUUGAAAGCAGUACCUGUUAGAACAUAUUAUGUCUUGUGGCUAUUUGAUCAGUAAUUUGAAAAGAAUGAAGACAGAUGUGUAUUUUUGGCCUGUUUGACAUUGGCUGAAUGGAUGUGUUUUUCCUAUAUGGAAUAUACCUAUAGGUUUAAGAAAUACAUCAUAAUUGUUUUGACUGUUAUCUUGGGUGUUAAAAGAUGCAGUAUGUUAUCAUCCAUUUAUCAUCAGUUUGUUCUGUAUCAUACUAAAUCUUUCCUUAUAAAAUUGGGUCAGUUACACCAAGACUUCAUGGUUUCCACUGAUAGAAGCUGUAUACAGUAAUUAAAGUAGGAUUUUUGGAAUUUUCCUACCAGUUCAACAAGCGUGUCGACCUGAUAUAUCAGUGGCAGGAGUUAUAAUUUUUCAUUUAUUGUAAGGUUGUGGAUACAUGCGUGUACAUGCUAGAUAUCUACAGUGUUGCUUGUGCCAAGAUCUGUGCAGUAUGUUGGGGUUGACGGGCAGAUUUAAUCAUCAUGGUCAUACUGUCGAAAUGUGCGAUGUCCGAUGGCACUGUCCUGACACCAUCAACAGUGUCUGUAACUCAUACAGAAACAAGAAGCACCUUCACUACAGAUCAAGUGUCAAAUGAAGUUCUUUUGAACAUACUAUUGAAUAUUCCCUUUUUGGAGCUGAAAAAAUGUACCCAAGUUUGUCAGAGGUGGAGGGAGAUGGUUGAAGGGUCAUACUUCUGGCGAUGUUAUCUGCAGAAGAAUUAUUCACUGAAAACACAACUCGGGGUAGAAGGUCCUCUAACUGACUGGCAAGAUGGCCUUCAGCCAAUGUAUAGAGGUGGCUUUGAUGCACUUACUGUGCAGCCGGCAGAAGUCUUUCAUCACCUACCCAAAAGACUUGACAAUGGUGUUCUCUUUCCCAUAAGCAUCCAAAUGGACAAGGUUCCCUCUUCAAAAACUUUGAUCACUCUGUUGGAGACUUUUAAGACCAUCAAAUCUACAAUAGACAGUAAUGGUUUAGUCUAUGAUGGACAGAUGGGGUUCGGGUGGAAGAGUGAGGGCUUUUGUCUAAUGGAUGUGUUCUUGUUCCCUUGGCAAGAAGACCAGCAGCCAACCAGUGAGGACAUUAGCAGAAUCUUUAUGCUGAAUGAAGAUCUGAAGGACAGCAUAAUACAACAGAAGAAAACUAAAAGCCAGCUGACCUGUGUUCUUAGCCACCUUGGCUUCCAGCAUUGGGUCAGUGAUGCCCUAUGUCCAGGAAAAGAGUGGACACAGCUGUGUUUCAAUGUCCACGACCCCACACACAUGAUGUGCCCAAGUCCUGUAUUCCUGUAUAGUGAUGUUGCACCUAGCUGGAUCGGGGGCAUUCUGACAGGAUUAUGGUGAUUAUUAGGAUGUGGACUUCAAUUGGAUUCUGUUAACCCAGCGUUUGUAGGAAUUAUGUCAAAUUGCCUUUCAACCCGAUGUAACCAAGGAGAAACUUGGAUGUUUGUAGAAAUUUCAAAGAAUUCCAACCCCAUGUUGUCAAGGAAAAUCUCCUGUAGAGUAUGGAUUUCGACUGAAUACAUGUAGGACCUGGAUGCACAAUGUAUGUGAAAUGUGAAUUUUGACUGUGAUUUUUGAAUGCCAAACAAGUGCCACGAUGGCCGCUUCUGCCCGUCUUUUUGUUGAUCAAUGCGGGAGCAGGUUUGGACCCUAUGACUUUUUCGCUAAAUGGCAGUCUCAUCCAUGAUAGCUGUACCACCAGCAGGGUGCAGGGUGCUGGUGGUACACAUAGUUUUAGUCCCAACCUGUCUCAUUUAUUACAUAUAGAAAUCAGCAAUUUGAAUGAUGGAGAGUCAUUCUGGUAAACUACACAUUAAGUUUGCCAGUUGAGGUUAGACAGCUUUGUAAAGUUGAUUAAAUGUGGUAAUGACACUGACAACUUAAUUCAUGAGUUUGGGCAUAUUUGUAUAGAGACUGGUAUGCAGAAAAUGGUCCUACUUUGUAGUAAAUUACAGUAUUAAAAAUAUAUACAUAUAUAUAUAUAUUUCU